AUGUACAACAAGAAUUACAGUGUUGACCAGCUGCAUGACUUGACCAAGAUCGACAAGUGGUACCUCUACACAAUAGACAAUAUCGUUCAAACAAGCAGGGCUACUAAGACAGUUGGCUCUGGUUCAGAUCGUCACGAAAGACCGCCUGAUGCAAGAUCUCAGCAACAGCAUGCUCCUCGGCUAAAGGCAAAAGGUACCCGCUCACAGUAUGAUGGUCAUCUGGUGCGGGGCCGCCGGUUCCUUGCAGACGUGGUCGAGCAGAAGAAGACUUCUCAGACAGUGGAUGGCACUCACACACAGGCUGAUGGCGAACUUGUUGAUAUUGAUGCCUAUAGCCAUGCAUUCGACGACAUCCCCAACCAAUACUCUGCACCUGCACUUGAGCUCUUCCUGGUCCAGAAGGGAUUGACGGAGGGGCGUAGUCUCAGCACAACAUGGGGCGUGUUCUCGGCUUUCAAUGAUCUGUGGAAGAAUGCCCAAGGGGAGACCUACCGAGAGCCCUACCACUUCAACCCAGCAACUGGCAUAGUUUCCGGAAACCCGGCACAGUCCGCAGCGGUGCAAGACAUGAUGGAAGUUCUGAAGAAUAACGAGGGAGCAGAAGGUGGCUGUAGGAACCAUGCAUCUGCCAUGACGAUCGAGGAUAUGCGGAAGAUUAUGGCAUGGUCCUACAAGCAGUGCCCGGAUGAGCUGAUCAGUCUCAUCUACUCCCAAGUUCAAAGCGGGUUGCCCCUUGAUAUGGAUGAGGUGAUUUCAGCCCAGAAGCACCUUGUGAUCCGUGCGUUCGCAACCACAGGCUUUACGAUUUGGACACGGAAUUUUGAGCUUACAAAAAUCAGACGUAAAGACGUGGUUUGGAACUGCCAGGGACUCCCACCAUACAACAUCCCUUACAACUUAGUGAGCCUGCUCAAUCGCAAAGGCUGGCAGCGAAAAGGCAAGACUGAUGGUGCCUUAGAAGAACGGCUGCUAGGCUGUUCUCUAGUACUGUCUUUGAAGAAUGUCAGCUGGAGCAUUGUGGCCGUAGUGCUGUGCUUUGGCAAUGCUACGAAGAAAAUAUCUGCCACAGCAGUAAAGAAAGGGAAGUCUACUACUGCAUCAGCGUCGGCUCUCGCUACCAUUCGGUGGUGGGGUGCAUGGGCCGAAUGCGAAAGCAUGUCAUUUGAUCGUGAGCUAACCCGGCUGUCUGGCAAAGUCGAGGAGGUCCUGGACAAACUGACCCUUACCCCACCGGUAUCCUCAUCCUCCUCGCCAUCACCUCCGCCAUCACAAUUUUCUCAGCUCUCGAUCUCGACUCCCAUCCCUUCCCUGCCAUCUCCAUUGCUGUCUCCACCACCUGCACAGCCCCUACAGCGGACACCAUCUCAUGAAGCAUCGCACGAGCCCCUCUCGGGGAGUUAUACAACAUCAUCGGCAACACACAAUGUGUUGGCCGUGAACUUGCAACUGUCUCCUGCACCCCUGUCAUCUGCCGCCAUACAGAUACGCCAGGCACAUCAGCACAGCACCCACCAGCACACCACAGCAACAAAAAAAAACGCUCCCAUUCCUGGCAUCGGAAUUCCGGAUCUUCCAUGUGGGCUAGAGGCAUGGCGUGCUGCUGUGAAGCAGUGGGAAGACCCUGCAGCUUCUAUUGGAAGUAAGGCCCUCAAGGAUUGGCCGGAGGAGUG